AACCACCGUCUCCUCACCUCGACAAUAAAAACAAGGCGAAACCUAAAGACGGGAGUCGGCAGCGUUUCUCCCGAUAUUCCUGCAUCCAUGAGUAGGCGUUCAGACCAUGUCUGACUAGUCCUUGGAUCACGAUCGAGUAGGAAUAUGGACAUCUGGCCGCUGACCUGGGACUAGAGAUGUAGUCGCAAGGAUGCCGGCCAACUCCAUCUCUCGUUUGCUCCUCUUCGUCUUGUUCUCUGCGGUCUGGGAGGCGGCCGCCAAAUCUCUUCCAGAUCAGGGAGCGUUUGAUGUCCAAAUACGGGUGCAGGUUUUCGACAACAGCGACCUUUCACCUUUGUCCGAUGCUCAGGUGGUCGUCCAUGGCAACCAGACCGUGCUGGCCUCCAGCAGGGCGGGGCCGGACGGCGUGCUCAGGGUCACCUUCCCCUACCGCCUAGCAACAUGGGUCAUCAUCAGCGCCUCCAAGCAGGACUACGUCACCAACUCCGUACCGUGGCACUCCGGCAGGGUCCCCCUGUACGCCGCCGUCAGCCUGUACCUGCUGGCCCAGCGUCCCGGGACCCUCAUCCUGUACGACGAUGUCCUGCAGGUCCUCGCCGGCUCUCCAGGUGCUCGGAACCAACCUCUGGUGCAGGUGCAGAGGAGGUCGCUGCCCUCGGCCUCCAACUCCACGGCCCUGUCGGCCAUGCUGACGGUGGCCCGCAGCCAGUACGAGAUGGGGGGGUUCCCCUACCUGCUGGGCCAGGAGACCAACGGCUCCGGGGUGGACACCGGGUGGACGGAGCUAACGGCGCUAGCCGUGGUCAGCGUGCAGCUGUACGAUAAAGAUGGAGGCCCCAUCCAGGUGACCGACCCCAUCCAGGUCAGCGUGCCGCUCCCCGCCGACACCGGCAACCGGAUGGCCACCAGCAUACCCUCCUGGACGUACCGGGCCAGCACAGGGCUGUGGGUACGCAACGGGACCGGCUACAUCAAGAAGGAGGGCUCCCAGUUCAUCUGGACGCUGGUGGUUCCCAGUAUGGGCUACUGGCUGGCCGCAUUCCCCUCAUCCUCAGGGUUUGGUCUCCUGGGGCACCCUGGCCUGAGGGACAUCAGCACCUACCACACCCUGUUCCUGCUCUGCAUCCUGGGCUCCUUGGUGCUGCUGGUGCUCAUCCUGCUCUGUGUGCUGCUCUACUACUGCAGACGGAAGUGUCUGAAACCACGUCGACAGCAAGGCAAGCCCCACAACUCCAACCUGAACGGCGGCAAGCGCGACCAAGGCACGUCCACCUCCCACCUGAACCUGAUCUGCGGCGGCCACGCCGAGUCCGGCAGCGCGGGGGACAUCAGCAAAUCCGAGUUAUCUCCGUCUCAAGAAUACCAGAGCUCCAGGGACGACUUCGCCAAGCACAUCCCAGCACACAAGCUGCGCCAGUCCAAGGGCAAGAACGCCUCGGGGCCGCAGAGGGGGGAGAGCUUCCCCAUGAAGGUGACCCGGGCCACCGAGACCAACAACCUGGACAACCCCCUCCUCCACGACGACAAGGAGCCGGAGCACUACCGCCACCACAACGCCAACGACAACCAGGGCUACGCUUCGGACCCCCCCUCGCCCCCCAGGUUCCAGGGCUACAUGCCCAGCCAGGGCGACAAGCCCCCAGAGUACUCUGCGGCGGCGGACAACCUCAAGAGGCCCACGUCCCUCAACACCCAGCCGGGCCAGAUCAUCUUCUGCAGCUCCAUCGACCAGAUGAAGGAGAACAUGUACCGCAGCAUGGUGCCCACGCUGGUCAUCCCCGCCCACUACAUGCGCAUGUCCUCCGACUUCUCCGGGAGGGCCGACGGCAAGGACCAGAAGGACCAGGACAAGGACACGCACAUGGGAGGGGGAGGCCCGCAGCACCACCACCACCACCACUCCCAGAAGCAGGGCCAGCAGCAGCACCACGGCGGCUCCCAGGGCGACGACUCGGAGGAGCCCAGCUGGGCCUCGGACUCGUCCGGCGGGCCGAUGACCAUCCCGGUGCUCUUCAACGACUCCACCAUGGCCCAGAUGAACGGGGAGCUGCAGGCCAUGACGGAGAAGAAGCUCCUGGAGUUCGGGGUGAAGCAGCACCCCCGGGCCUGGUUCAUCUCCCUGGACGGACGGAACAACGCCCACGUGCGCCACUCCUACAUCGACGCCGGCAACGACCUCGGCGGCGGAGGGAUGCUGUUUGCCGGUGGUGCCGGCAGUAACCUCCGGGAUAACCUGGAGCCGCCCAUGGAAGCCCUGGAACGCAAGGCGGCCGCCAACAGGAAGGCGAAGGACGAUCGCUGGGGGACCGGGGGAAGGAGGGGGCAGGGGAUGGGAGGAGGUGGCGGCGGCGGCGGUGUUGGCGAGGGGAAGACCUACUCCAAACUGGCCUACCCGGAUCACAGCGAGCCCGGCGGCAGCCAGGGGCGCCCGGUGUCACCUGAGGAAAACUCUCUGACCCCUCUGCUGGAUGAAGGGCCUUCCUCCCGCCGGGGGCGUAGCCGUGGCAACAGCAGCAGCCGCAGCAGCGACAACCGCCGUGACUCCAUGACCAGCCCCGAGGACGACUCGGAAGAUAAGGAUGGGAACAAAAAGAGCCCCUGGCAGAAGAUCGAGGACAGGCCCUUGAUGGUCUUCCACCCGAAGAAGUAAACCGUGUGGGUGUUGGAGCUCCUCCCACCCUCUAUUACUAGAUGAUAUAUUAAGAGACAGUCCUUCCACUCCCAGCUACGGAGGUAGAUCACGUUAAGCACAAUCAGGAUGGAUAGGAGGAUGUGGAUCUUUAGUUCCAGUGCUUGGCCUCUCUCAUAGUCCCACCAUCUCCCAGACGGUCUACGUACAUUUCACGGGACUGAUUUUAAAUUGUGUUUCCUUAACAUUUAAAAUCAAGGUCUGAGCCAUUGUAUAUGCUGAAUUUGGAAAGAGCCAUUUUCAGAGAAAAACAGCAGAAAAGUUAGGAGAUUUUAAAGCACUUAAUAGUACUAAGAAUUUGACUGAAUGAGUCCAGUAUUUGAAAGUGGAUGACUAUUUUCUAGAGGAAUGAUAGAGACUGAUAGGAUUGAACCACCUUAUCGAGUUGUAUCCCAACUACUGAAACCCCAAAUUUAACACGUACUAUCUGUAUUGAAUCCAAUCCAUUAAUCAACUGUACUUUCCCCAUACGUCAAUGGAACAUGAGUGAACUCUAACUGUGUUGUGUUGUCCUUAUCUUCUAAGCUGUGUUUAUGUAUUGGAAUACAUUUGUAGUUAUUGAAAUAACAUUGAAUUUCAUAUCAGAUUAUUUUAGUCAUAACUGUUGUUACCCUUGCCCUCUAUAGUUACGCCAAAAUAUCACUUCUCUGCCUUUUUUCCUAGCAGACAGACACGUUUCUCUUAAUGUUGUCGUGUAAAUAGAUUUUCCUUUUUGGGAUACCAGUUUGCAUGCAUAUGAAUGUAUGAAACCAGUCAAAGGCACUGGACACCCUCCACCCAUUAUCUGGGCCUCUGGGGUUGACCACCACCACCGUCACCACCUUCUGAAAGGCUAAGGAUGAGGAAGAGGAGGAAGAGUUUCACGGUGUGGAGGAACAGCCAGCUGAAGGAGGAAGACCUUCAGACAGUCUGUCGGCUUGUGCCAUUUUUUUCCUCCAAGUGCCUUCUUCCGCCACUUAGGACUGAGGCGUGGUCCUUCAACACACACCGUCGUGUACGCUGGUGCAUCUCCAGCUCACCCGUCGCCAGACCAAGAAGCACACUGCAGAGCGCCGACAGCAACACGCCUUACUCUGGGGAGUGAGUGAGCCUUCCACAUUGACCACAAAAUACACAUUUUACACCCAAUGUAACAUUCAUACUUUCCUCUACCUUACCACUUUUCCACCUUGUAAAUGAUACGAUUUGGACGUCAUGAGAUUCAAUGUAUAUGAUGAAGUAUGUGCAUGUAAUAUGUAGAAGACUGUUUUUAAUUCUUUUUUUUUAUUAACCAGGACAUGUCGGCACAGAUGUUGAUGCGGCAUUGCAUUCUGUAGUUGAGUUAGAUAAAAAAUAGAUCGAGUUUCCCUCGGUUAGCCAACAAAGUUCACUUCCGGUCGUUAAUGUUUACAACAAUCCCAUCCUUACCACAACCCCUACUGGGUCAUCAACGUACACCUAAUAUUCAUAACUCACUAUGGUGUCCUGACCAUCCCCUGCUGGGUCAUCAACGUACACCUAAUAUUCAUAACUCACUAUGGUGGGGGGAAUUAAUGAAAUACAAGUUGUUCAUUCAUUUUUACUUGAAUGUUAAUAGUGAGAUUUCUAAAACAAAGUUUGAAAUGGGUAUGGUCCUACUCCGUCCUGCUGUAAAAUACUUUAUUAUCUUAUCGCUAUUUGGGUUGUGAAGUCGCGGCUUUUCUUUGUCGUUGUGGCUGGUUUAGUAUUUAAUGAGAAAUGUAUUCUCAGUAGAGUUUUUUCCCCAUAUCUUUAAACUGUUAACUAUUGACAAUUUAAUUGUUAAUUCAAUACAAGUGAUUAAAAGUUACAAGGAAAAUGUGGAACUAAACCCUGCAGGGCAUAUUGAAAAUAGAUCUGCUGUUGAGUUGUAGUUGUGGUCCAUGUGGAGGCUGAGGAGGCUGACCUCAUGGGUGGACCAUCACUAAACCCUGCAGCGCAUAGGGAUCAUAUGCUGUUGUUGUGGACCAUGGGGGCUGGAGGAGGCUAACUUUAUGUGUGGAUCAUCAGUUCAUAAACCUGUCGGUUGUUUGUAAAAUGUAAAACAAUUAUUUCUGUACUUGAGAAAAAGUAGAAAUAAAAACAAUCUUUCCACUUCUGUCUUGACUGAUGUGGUGAUCACUCAUUUGUACUUUGUUAUCCUCAUACGGGAAAUAAACCAUUUACUGUAACGUUGGUAUUAAUAAUCAGUUCAAUCAUGAUCCUAACUUAUCAAGUCUUUUGAGACUUGAUGAUAAAUGUUUUUGCGAAAUUGUCGAUUUGUAAAUAAAAUAAAAACGCAAAUAUA